GGUAAUCAUCAUCUAGCUUCCUGGUAUUGUUUGGAGUGAAAUGGAAAGGUAAUUGGCACCAAGAAAAAGUGCUAUCAAAUAUAGAGAUCGAGUGGAUUAGGGUUUCUAAAUAUAAGCAUCAUGAAGAAGCGACAGGUGGUGGUGAAAAAACUCUCUAACACUACAUCUUCGGUGAUGAGGAACAUUAGAUAUGGGGAGUGCCAGAAGAAUCACGCAGCGAGUAUCGGAGGAUACGCGGUGGACGGUUGCAGGGAGUUCAUGGCAAGUGCAGGGGAUGAAGCUCUUACGUGUGCCGCUUGUGGCUGUCACCGGAACUUUCACAGAAGGGAAGUGCAAACUGAGGUUGUGUGUGAGUACUCUCCACCUAAUUAAGAAAGGGGGAAAAAAGGAAAAAGAUAGUGUGCUUGUGUAUGAUCGAAUUGACUGAUUGAUGAUUUUUUUCUUUGGAUUCUUGUAAGUUGUAAGCGUGACGAUUAUCUAAAUGGGGGAAUUUUUAUACUUGAAACAGAAAAUUUCAUACUUCA